CUUUAGGCAUGAGGUCCCCUUUCCAGGUUGGCUGAUCUCCACCAUCUCUUUGCCCCACCUCUCUACCUUGGGGACUCAGGUGCCGCUGGAAGGUGUUUAUCCCAUCCUCUCGCCUCCAGCCAGGAAAGGCAGCAGGGGUGGGGUGGGGGGUUACAGUCAGAGACCAGAGGCUAGAGAAUCAUUAACUGAGAUGAGAGCAGCGGCAGUUACUUAUUUUCUGUGGGAGAUGAUAACUGGAGCCUGGAAGUUCACUGAGGUUUGUCAACCGCAGGAGGCCAGACCAUGGGGAUAACAGUUACCACUUACUAAGCACCCAGUUUGUGCAAGCGUUUCACCUUUGUUAGUUCAAUAAUGACAGUGCUUAUUAUUUGCAGCUCAGAAGGUAGAUAUUAUAAUCUGCAUUUGAUAGACAAGGGAAGUGAGGCUCAGAGGGGUUGAGUGACUUGUCCAAGAUCACACAGCCAACAGGUGGGUUCAGUGUUGGCAGUCUGGCCCUGAAAAUCACCUGUUUUUUUCUCUCAACUGGCCCACUCUUUCAUUUGGCAUUCUUUAUUGAGCACCUAUUAUGGAGCGGGCUGUACCAGGAACUGGGGAAAGAGAGGCAAACAGGUGGAAAAAAGUCCCUCUUCACAGGGAGCUUUCACUUCAGUGGCAACAUCUAUCCCAGGCAGUUUCUAAGGAAAGACUCAAGUUGCAGUAAAACCCUGCCAACUCUGAGAGUGGGUGGUGGAAAGAGCACUGGAUGGGGAGCAAAUAUGGGUAGACCCCAGUGCCACCAGCGACUUGUGUGACUCAUUACCCUUCCCAGCGCCUCCUCCCGCAUCUCUGUGCAGGAAAGGGGUGGAACUCCAUUCUGUCUGAGCUUCCUAGACUGACUCCCGGGACUAGCAUCAGGUGGGGGCUUCUUAGAGAUGCAGAAUCUCAGGUCCCAUCAUGGAUCAGAACAUGCAGUUUAACAAGAUCCCUCAGGUGGCCCCUGUGCAUGUUAUUGUUUUAGAAGCUCUGGUUAUGGUCUUCUCUCAGCUUCUGCCAUUUCAACAGCCUCUGGCAGGGGAUGGCCACUCACCAGCAGAGGGCACUGGAGGGAGGAGUUGCUUGCACCUGUACCCAGGCUGUCUCCCUUCCAGACCUAGACUGGCCCUUGACCUUGGCUGGCACAGGGGAGCAGGGGAGCUGGAUAUUAGCAUUGAGUGACCAGGCGAAUGUGCUCCCAUGAGAGCUGUUUCCAACCUGCCCUGUUCCUACUGCUUGUGGGGGUCCCUGUGGCAAGCGCCCUCCUUCUGGCCCAGUGCCUUCGAUGGCACUGUCCUCGCUGGCGGCUGCUGCGGGCCUCCUGGAAGUUGGACAGCCAAGAAGAGCCAGUGCCCCAUCCCACUCCCCUACCAGAAAAUGAGGCCUCCAGGCAGUGCCCGCCAGCCACACUCUCGGAGAUGGCUGCCUUCUACCAGGAACUGCAUACACCUACCCAAGGCCAGACCAUUGUCCGUCAGCUGAUGCACAAGCUGUUGGUGUUCUCAGCUCGAGAGGUGGAUCACCGCGGUGGCUGCCUGAUGCUCCAGGAUACGGGCAUCUCUCUGCUCAUCCCACCAGGUGCUGUGGAUGUGGGCCGCCAGGAGCGGGUAUCACUGGUCCUUGUGUGGGACCUGUCUGAUGCUCCGUCACUCUCUCGAGCCCAGGGACUGGUGAGCCCUGUGGUGGCAUGUGGCCCCCAUGGGGCUUCCUUCCUGAAGCCCUGCACCCUCACAUUCAAGCACUGUGCUCAGGAGCCUGGCCACGCCCGUGCCUACAGCAGCAAUACAACCCUGCUCGAUGCCAAGGCCUGGAGGCCGCUGGGGCGGCCGGGGACCCACACCUCACGCGACGAGUGUCGCAUUGACCUCUCCCACUUCAGCCUCUACACCUGUGUGCUGGAGGCGCCUCUGGGCCGGGAAGCCCGCAAAUGGCUGCAGCUGGCUGUGUUCUGCUCGCCACUGGCACCGGGUCAGUCCCACCUGCAGCUGCGCAUCUACUUUCUCAACAACACACCCUGUGCCCUGCGGUGGGCCAUGGCCAACGAGGAGCCCCACGGUGGCCGCCUGCGCGGGCCCUGCCAGCUCUUCGACUUCACCGGAGCCCGAGGGGACCAAUGUCUGAAGCUCAAGUACAUCUCUGAGGGUUGGGAGAAUGUAGAUGACAGCAGUAGCCAGCUGGUUCCCCAUCUCCACAUCUGGCAUGGAAAGUGCCCCUUCCGCUCCUUCUGCUUCCGGAGAAAAGCAGCCAAUGAGAAUGAGGACUUCUCGGCACUAACCAAUGAGAUCAUUGUCACCAUGCACACCUUCCAGGACGGCUUGGAGACCAAGUACAUGGAGAUCCUCAGAUUCCAGGCAUCAGAGGAGGAAUCCUGGGCAGCGCCACCCCCUGUCUCCCAGCCAUCCCUGUGCAAUAGGCUGCCUCCAGAGCUCUUUGAGCAGCUGCAGAUGUUGCUGGAGCCAAACAGCAUCACAGGCAAUGACUGGCGUCGCUUGGCCUCCCACCUGGGGCUCUGUGGCAUGAAAAUCCGGUUCCUGUCCUGCCAGCGCAGCCCUGCAGCAGCUAUCCUGGAGCUGUUUGAGGAGCAGAACGGCAGCCUGAAGGAGCUGCACUACCUCAUGACCCUCAUGGAGCGGCUGGACUGCGCCUCCGCCAUCCAGAACUACCUGGGCGGGACGCCGGGAGGCAGCCCCGCCCCGGUCCGCGGGGGCGCCUGGGAGAACCAGGGCCUGGAGCUGGAUGAGAAGCUCUGAGCGUCCCGCUGGGCCGGGGCCGGGUGGGGCGCUCUCCGCAGCACUCUGGGCACCGGGAGGCCGUGGGAUAUGCCUCGACACCUCGGAAGAACAUAGCAGGUGUUUCCGGCUGUGAUUACUGUCCUCAUCAGAAUCCUUGGGCGGUGUUUGGGGCCACGGGGUGGCUGGAGUGCCAUUGCCAGCCUUCCCGGGUCUGGACCACCCUUGCACCACGCUUUGUCCUGCAUGCAGAUACCCUCCUGGACGGCAGGGGGCGCAGGAGCCCGGGAGAUGGCCCCAGCGUGACCAGUCUUUGGGAAACUGUUAGGGUGCCCUGUUGGCACUCUUUGGGGACUGGUCAAUCCAUAAGUAUUCACUGAGCACUUAGUGACACCCAGCAGUGAACUGAUACCAUGGGUAAUUCUGGAAUAUAUGAGAGGGUUUUGAAGUCUUGACAAGCCCACAGUUCUGUGGGAGGCAAAAGGCACUCAUGUGAGCUGAGGGCCAACUCUAAAACAGCAGGUGCUUAGGGGAUGUUCCUGUGGUAUGAACUUUUCAUGCUUUAAUAAGAGUUUGAGAAGGCAGGGAGCUGAAUAUAGGCUGGAGCAUUGAGAAAGCUUCACGGAGGAUGUUGGAGAGAGGAUUUGGAUGCACAGAGUGGUUCCCAGAGCUUUAGGUGGGGGUAGGGGGAGAUGUUGACUGAACUUAAAAGUAGAAGCCAUGAGUAAGCACGGAGUGAGGUGUUCUGCAGCCCAGCCCGGUGGGUGUGAGGUGAGGGGAGGAUAAAAGUUCAAGGCCAGAUCUAAAGAUCGGCAGCUGUACCUGGCUGUCCACUUGUCUCCUUUGCAUUCCUUUGUCUCUUUAUCCUCCUGUUCUUGCCUGUUUUCCUUUCUCUCUCUGCCAUUAUCUGUUAUAAAAUAUCAAAACUGAAAAGAAACUUCAAGAUUAUCAUUCUUGCCCAAACUUUUUAUCUCCCCUUCAUCUUGAACUGUGUGACUUUUAAGUCUCUCUGACUUCAUUUUGCUGCCCUCUCUCCUGCAGUCAGUGUCUCUGUCAGUCUAUGUCUUUGCACCUUUUUGUCUCUGCCUAGUUGCUGUGCCUGCCUUUCUAGGUUUCUUUCUCUGAAACCCUCAGUCAUUGUCCUCAGGCAAGUGUCUUGAAACCAAUGUUAAGUUGUCAAAGUAUAUGGAAAGACACUGGGCUGCCCUAGGAAUAGGUGGGUGGGGAUGUUUCCCCAUGAAUCAAGAUCCACUUUAGGGUCAGGAAAUAAAGGAUAGGGAUUUAAAAACACCCCAGUCAGUUAACAAAUAUUUAUUCAGCACCUACUAUGUGUUAGAUACUGUAUUAAAAAAAAGAUCAAUAGGCUGGGUCCUGAUAACAGAACAAAGAGUUUGACUCAAUUCUAAAAAUGUUUUUGUUUGCCAACAGGUGUUGUCAAAUUUUUUGGGCAGGCAAAAACAAUCUCUCUGGCAGUACUAAAAAUUUGCUUCUGUAUUUAAUUAAAAAUUAUUAAAGCUUUUUCUAUGAUGAAAAAUAUUGUAUAAUAAAAUAUGAAAAUUGCCUUUCAUUGUU